AUGAUCACUAGAGCCAAAGAUGGAAUAGUUCAUCCUAGACUGCAUCCCAUACUUCUUGUUACUGAAUUGGAACCAACCUCUUAUAAAAUAGCUCUUAAACACCCUCAGUGGCUUGCAGCCAUGCAAGCUAAGCACACAGCCUUGUUGCACAUCAAAACCUGGACUCUCACUCAGCUGCCUCCAAACAGAAAAGCCAUUGAAUGUAAAUGGGUUUUCCGAAUAAAGCAGAAUCUAGAUGGAACAAUUCAGAAAUACAAGGCCAGAUUAGUGGCCAAGGGUUUUCAUCAGGUCCAUGGCUUUCAUUUUCAGGAGACUUUAUCUCCUGUUAUCAAACCUGUUACUGUCAGAGUCAUUCUCAACCUUGCUAUCUCCCGACAGUGGCAACUCACACACCUGGAUAUCAAUAGUGCAUUUUCGAGUAUGUCCCGCCAAGUUUGA